CCGAGCUGAUCUAGAUUACUGGUGAACAAGUGUCCGUCAGCCCAGUACUCGAUCAGACAGUGUGGCGUGUGUGACAUUCCCUCGGAAGAUGUGCCCAGGAUCCUAACGAACACUGAAAAAAGGGAACGGAAACAGAAACACAUGAACUGAUCACAACCUGACUGACCAGAGACUCGUACACUGAGUAAUGACGCGAGAAUCCUGACUCACCGAAGCGUCACCGUAAAGGAAUCGUGAGGUCGUCCUUGAGAGCUGCGCAUCCCUAAAGGACGACCUCAGAUAGUGUAGGAGAGAGGGAAGUUGUCUGAACAUCAUUGACCGAACUUGUAGAAAGUGAACGAGUGAAGGAAGUUGGUAUAGAUUGCAAUGAGUUCGAGUCGAGAUAGAAGACUUGGUUCAGAGGGAAGUCUCGAAGCUUUGAAGGCCAUGAUGAGCAGCUGGGCGGUGUGGGGAGUGCGGGGGCGUGGCGAGGCGUCCUGCCGGGUGAUGCUGUUGCUGCUGCUGGCGUGCAUCACCGGAAGUGUGGAGGGGCAGUGUGACGGCACCCCUCUGUAUCUGGGUCCCAGUAACAGCUCCCUUAACGUGGCCUUCCCCGAGGUGAACUGGGACGCACACACCAACACAUGGCGCCCCUACCAGUACUAUCCAACCUCGGUGCGCUGUACUUGGGUGAUUCGAGCCCCUGCAGCCCACGUCCUCGCCGCGGCCUUCUUGCAUUUCGACACCGAGAAGGAUUACGACUUUGUUACCAUCUACAGCUCGGAGGCGCGGACACAACAGCUGCUGCGGGAGUCAGGAGACCUCGUAGGGGAGUGGUUCAUCACUUCCCCUGGAGAUACCUUGGUCAUUGACUUCCUCAGUGAUGACUACACCACCUACUAUGGCUUCAUGCUGGCUUACCGUUACGAGCCCAGAGCGUGCGUGGAGGGCGGCGUGACGCUGACGGAAGACCAGCUCAUUGCCCUGCCAACCCUCAACCUUCGCGGGGUGCUGCCCGGACCAAGGCCCAACAAAGACGAGGACAAACCACAAAAAGUGCAGUUGGAGGUUCCCAAGGGCGGCGCGAGCUGGCAGGUGCGGGAUGGAGGGUCGUGGGUGGCGCGCGUCCAGUACCCCGUGUGGGUGAACUGCACCUGGCGCGUGGCCUUGUCGCCGCGCCAGGUGGUGGAGCUGGAUAUCCUUCGCUUCAGCACCGCGGAGAGGGAUCUGCUCACGGUGUGGGAGGUGGGGGCGCGGGGACCAAGGCCUCUGAUGCGUCACGGAGGGAAUGAGCUGCCACAACGCCGCGCUUUCCGCUCCUCGUGGCCUCUGCUCAUCACCUUCAUGACUCACUCCGGGGAGGGCGGUCAAGGCUUCCUGCUGGAUCUCACCUACAUCACCAGGGCGUGCGAACCUCAGCAGCAGGAGCUCGGGGCCCCGCGUGGCUUGAUUGCCUAUCCUAAGUACAACCUGCUGCCGGGGAGGAAGGGCAAGCACGGGGCACCUGGCUGGCGGAAGGACGGGCAGGAGGAGGACGAUGCUGAGGGAGGAGCGGUGCACUACGGGCCUGAUUCUUGCCGCUGGGUGUUGCGUGCCCCGCCUGGCUACAACCUGCAGGUGACCGUGAUGCACCUGGACACCCGCCCCCAGGAUCACAUCAAGGUGGUGGAGCAUGACGAGCUGGUGAUGGCUCUGAGUGGCGGCCUGCCUGCCAAAAGGAACUUCGUCUCGCAGGGCUCGGAGGUGACGCUAAAGUUUGACCCACAGGAAGACACAACCAGAACCGGCUUCCUUCUUCAGUACUCCUGGCUACUUGUGGAGUGUGGCGGGGAGGUCCUGGUACACGGGUCAGGUCAGGUUAAGAGUCCGUACUACCCUGACACGUACGGGUCCAAUGUCACUUGCCAGUGGAAGCUGACCCCGCCCCCAGGUCACCUGCUGCACCUGCUGGUCACGCGGCUCAAGCUGGACGCUGGAGACGCGCUGCAGGUGAAGGAUGGCGAGAAGGACCUCAAGAUAGCCAGGGAUCCAGACUCUUCCACAGGACGUCUCUUUGAACUGCAUCCCGAUCCCUCCGUCAGCCUCUUCUUCAGCAGUGACUCGCAGCACAACGAUGGCUACUUCCUCAUCAAGUACGCCGCCUUCACACUCGGGAGCUGCGACUUCGGCCUGUCCCCUUGUGGAUGGACGGCCUCCGAUGCUCUCCAGGCCUGGGCCUUCCACCCCUCCCAGAGCAUGAUGGUCGUGUCUGAGGAAUCCACUGCAGGGCUACAGCUUCCCAGAGGCUACCGAGCCAUCCUCACCUCACCCAAGAUCACGCCGCUCACAGACCUGGGCCACGGGGAGCCUGAGGACGUGUGUUUGAGCUUCGACUACCUCAUGGACGGGCCUGAUGCGUUCCUGCUAUCGGCGUGGCUGGUGCAGGAGGGCGAGGGGCGCGGGGCCAUGCCAAGCUUCACCCCUCUGGCUUUCCUCCACGGACCUCAUGGUAACCGCUCCCUCACCGCUGCCGUCAACUUCACAGUUUCCAGCAGCGCCUCCUUCAGGGUGGUGAUGCAGUACGAGCGAGGUUAUGGCCGCGAUUACCGAGCGGGCGUUGGCGGAGUGUGGGUGGGACGCGGGAAGAAGUGUGGCCGUGAGUUGGAUCAUCUGAGGGCAACCAGCUGUAACUUCACGCGGGAUCUGUGUGGCUGGACAAACACUCACACUGACCAUACAAACUGGCAGCUGACUGAACAAGGAGUGGAAGCGGUGGAACUUGGAGACAGUGAUGACGGCAGCCAGCGAUGGGCGGACCUCACUUCUCCACUAGUAACGAGCAGUGACUUAAGAAAGAGAGAGGAGCCGGCGGAAACACAAAAGUCACGCGAGGACACAGAACAGGAGGACCAAGGAGGAGGUGCUGCUUGCCUCAAUCUCCUCUACCGUGUUCUGUCUGGUAACGCUGAGCUUCGAGUGGUGCUGAGAUUACAAGGUGGCAACGAGGAGACACAGCAGACGCCAGGGAGCAAACAGGGACAAGACGGAGAGCAGGUGUUAUGGAGCCAAGGCCGCGUCGAGAGUCCAGGAGUGCUGCGAGCUUUGGUUAAUCUGCCUCAAGUCAUGCCCAGCCAGUACCAGUUAGUGUUGCGGGCUGUGGGCGUGGGUGGCAGCAGUGGCGGCGCGGGCGUGGCGGUGAGGGCGGCGCGGCUGGAGGCAGGGCGCUGUUCCGGUGGCGCCUCGUGUUCCUUCGAUUCUGGUUUCUGCUCCUGGAAAGUAUCCUACACCGGAGGCACUGUGUGGUACAUCCGGCCACAUGAAGCAGAGGAGGAAGGGAGUCACGCGCUGUACUUGUGGGAGGCAAACAGGGGUUCCACUUGUCUAAUAAGCGAGACGGUCACCUCCUCACGCCAGCCACGGUCCUUUUCCUUCAGGUACCGCCUCAUGGGAACCAGCAGGUGUCUUUCAGUGGCCCAGCAAGUUGUGCCAAGCGCUGUGCCUGCUAACACCACCGCCACCACCACCACCACCACUAUCUGGAGCCAGUGCCGUAGCAAGGGAGACCACUGGCUGUACGAAUGUGUGACGCUGCCGCCCUCAGAGCUGCCCUACCAGGUCGUGGUGAAGGCGACGGCUGACGAACCUGCCACUGAGGUCUGGAUCGACGACGUGCAACUCUUUUCUGGGGCUUGCAAUGCUUCCCUGCCGCAGGACACAUCAGGAGCAGGCGCCUUUGGGUCUUACUCUGGCCCGAACUCACUGUCGCGCAUGCCUGGUCUUGAGAUCUCCAGCGCUAUCCCCGGAACUCCCCAAGGCGGGCUGUCAGGUCCUGCUCAGUGGAAGUGCGAGCCGCGUGGGUCCCUGUGCGGCAUGACCCAGCCCAGCCCCGGUCAAGGAGACUGGGUGUACGUGGAGGCGAGGCGGCCAGGCAUGCCACUCAACGCCACCAUUGCCCCGACCACCACCACGACAACCCCCACCACCACGGCCGGUCCCGGUAUCGUGCCUUCCUCCGGCCACCCCACCUGCAAGGACGGGAGCCCGCUGGAGGAGGAGUGGCUCUGUGACGGCGUGGAGGACUGUCCCGACCGCAGCGACGAGGAGGGAUGCGAGUGCCGGGAAGGUGGAGAGCAGCCGUGCAGACUGCCCAUCCCUCCUGCCCUCCACCUCGGCUCAGGAGUUUGUGCCAUGGACGCCUUCUUCUGUACUUCAGGCCGGGCGUGUCCUCCAGGCGGAUGUCAGGACGGAGAGGGGCCCUGCCUGCCUCGAGCGUUGCUGUGUGACUUGGUGGAGCACUGCGUGGGUGGAGAGGACGAGGCUGCCUGUGUUGGGGUGAGCCGGACUGCCCUUCAUGAAACAGAGACUCAACCAGAGAAGCCCGAGCCGGUGGAAGAGCCCGGAGCAUCGCCCACGGAUUCAGAAAGACUAGGUGCCACCGCUGCAGGGGAAGCGGCGGCAGCGUCGGUACUGGAGUGUUCAGGAGGCUUGUUGAUUCCUCUGACGUGGCGCUGUGACGGAAGGAAGGACUGCCCUCUUGACGGUCUGGAUGAGAUGGGGUGUGCCUACUGCAGUGCUGAUAAGUUCAUUUGUCCUCACUCCGGGGUGUGUGUGCCGCGGGCCGAGGUGUGCGACGGCUCGGCUUCCAUCCCCUCCUGCACCGACGAGCUCUUCUGCGAUGCCUGUCCACCCGCCCACUUCGCCUGCGACGUGUGUGUGCCAGGCUGGCGAAUCUGCGACGGCGUGUGGAAUUGUGAAAACGGAGAGGACGAGCGGGAGUGCACGGGCGUGGGUGCGGGCGUGUCUCUUGGUGUUGGUACUGUCAGGGAAGCAGGUGCGGGCUUGGGCGUUGGAGAUGAGAAGGAAUGCUCCUCAGCCACACCAUACAGGUGUCUCUCAGGACGCUGCCUGCCGGAGUCUGCUGUGUGUGACCGUCGCCCUGACUGUCCUGACGGGGAUGAUGAGAAGCAGUGCGCUGAUGACAACUUUGACGUGUCGCGUUACAUAUCCGUUAAGCCAUUGCUGGUGACGGCGGAGCAGGAGGAGCCCCCAAGCCGCCUUGUGACGCCGCCCCUGCAACAGUCGGCGAACAUGGCGGGUGUCCUGACGUUCCAAUACCGCCUUGACACGUGGGUCGGCCCGUCCAACUUGACCCUCAGCGUAGAGAUGGUGGAUGCCGAAGACCCGACGGAGGGCGUGCGUGCCUGGGCGUUGUGGCGGCAGAGUGGACACAAAGGACGCGAAUGGCUGACAGAGAACGUGGUGGUGCCUUCCAUGCCCGGAGUCACCAAGUACAAGCUUGCCUUCCUGCUGAGCGACCACCACCACCACCACCACCACCACCACCACCAACUCCACCAGCACUAUGACUCCCAGCAGGUGCACCUCGCCCACCUCUCUUUUAGGGCCGUGCAACCCCGUGCCCUCAAUCCUCUAGGCGUUGGGAUGCUGAGCUGCGAGUUUGCGGACUCCCUGUGCGGAUGGUCGCAGCCUGAGGUGCCACGGUACUCUUGGGUAUACGCCCGCGCCUCGCCUCACGCCCGCCGCACAGGACCCAUCACUGGCUAUCCUGGCGGCGGCGACUCCGGCUUUGUCUUCGCCGACUCACUGCACGGGACUGACGGCAGCACGGCAGACCUGCUAAGCCCGCCACUCCUGCUGCCUCCGGGUCCCGAGGCUUCAGUGUGCUUCAGGUUCGCGCUGUUCCUGUACGGGUCGCAGGUGUCCCAGGUGUCGGUGCUCGCCCUGCAACAUCUGCCGACCACCACCCACACCACACAGCUGUACAAGGCUGCCGGGGGCCGCGGCCUCAGCUGGGUCCCGGGCAGCGUCACCGUGCGGUCGGAGCAUGUGGUGGAUGUGGGUGUGCCUUUCGUGUUGGCGGUGCGGGCGCGGCGCGGAGAGGGUCCCGAGGGAGACAUCGCUCUUGACCACCUGAGUGUGCUGGCCGGCCCGUGCCACCUCCACCCGUCUCUGCAGCCCAACCUAACCCUGCACGCCACCCUCACCCAGCCUGACGCUCUUGCCCUUACCGCCGGGCCAGCCCUCACGCCCCUGACAGCUCUCGAUCCACCAGAUGAUAUCGCCUCCCCUCACCCCUCUGAAGACACUUGCACCUCCCACACCACAUGCACCACUUGUGUGGGCGGGCCGCGUGUGGGUGUGCAUACGUGCAGUUGGUGUGACAUGACCCAGAGGUGUGUUGGCAGUCGCUCUCCUGCCGCCGCCGCCUGCCCAUCCCACUUGACAGUGUCCCACAACACCUCGAAGAGCGAGGAGCGACGCGGGCCAAACUGGUGCCCUCAGCUGGACCCUAAGCAGGAAGCACGGGUACUGGUGGCUGCUGGCUCCUCCCCGGUCCUCAAGUUCCCUGUCAGCAAUAUCCAGGCCAUGCAUACGGUCAGGGACUGGAGUUGUGUGUUCGAGUCUGUAACAGAGAAUGAAGAGGACGAAGAGGAAGAGGGAAGAGGAGACGAGGAAGACAAUAAGACACACAUUGAAAGGGAUUCAAAAGCAAGAGGAAGAGAAGAAGAUGAGGCAGCGGAAGAGGGAGAGGAGAAGAAUGACGGAGAGAGUGAUUUCGACUUUAAGAAGAGGAAGAGGGAGAGAAAAGAGGAGAAGAGUACGGAGGAGGAAGCGAAGGAAGUGAAGGUGAAGAGGGAAAUACUAAGGCUACAUGGCCGCUUCUUGGGACGCGUGCUCACCGUGGGUAACUCUUCCUCUGGCUCGGGCUUGACUGAAGGCGUGGGUGUGGGCGUGAUUCACUGCGGCGAUGGCGUGAGUGAGCUGCAGCCCGCCCAGCCCCGCCAACAUAGCCACUACACCGUCAAGCUUGUCUCUCCCGCCGGGGCAACCAUAGACAACCCUUCGCGUAUCAGACUUGAUGUGUACUCGUGCGGACAGAUGGCCUCCUCCUGCACCGCCUGCGCCUCCGUCAACGCUACAUACUCCUGCGGGUGGUGUGCGGUCGCUCAGGCCUGCACCACAUAUGCACACUGCCCCGGUGCCUCGUGGGUCGGGCCGGGCAGCUCCUGUGACGCGGAGGAGCAGCAGAAGAUCGAGGAUGAGAGUGUUGGGGAGCCAGAAUUAUCUGAUGAGGGUUUGCUUGGCCUUGGCGAGCCUCUGCAUCAUCUGGGAGAGGAGGCCAAGAGUGACUUAGACCUGAACUUAGCGAGUGGUCUUCUGGGAGGCGCCGACCAGCCCGUCCUGGGUACUGACGAGGACGAGGACGAAGAGACGAGGCCAGCCGAGAGGAGACUUGGCAAGAGGAAGAAGGCACAGAAAAAUAACAACGGCAACGUCAGGGAGGAGGAGGAGGAGGAGGAGGAGGGAGACGAGGAGGAAAGCGGUGGUGGUGACGAAGAAACUAGAGCUGAUGGAUCGAGGAGAGGAGGUCGAGGAAGGAAGAGAUCAGGUCGCAAGGCGCUGAAAGGCAAGCUGAAGGUCACAGGAAAAGGCCGAUCCUUCCUUCGUCUUCCCCAGCACCCAGGACUCUAUGUGGCCAGGAACACGUGGCGCCUUCACACGGGGCGGCAGUACUACAUCCCGGUGAGCAAGAAGACCCUCAUCAACCUGGGCUUCGUGAGGCAGGUGACCUUCGGCAGCCUGGCACAGGAGAAGACCAGAACCGUGCUCAUCAACGGCGCUUGGAAGAAAGCUGCAGGUUACUACGUGGAUCUGUACGAGAAGGUGGACAACCCGCCCGUCACCUCGCUCAUCACCACCAGCAGGAACGUCUUCGAGCAGCUCAUGACGCAGCUCUCCGCGGACCAGUAACAGUGACGGUGAAGACGAACGCGGUUCGGAGAAGAGCGUGAAGGAGCAGAUAAGGAAGGAAAAACCCAUUUAGGCUGAACUGGCUAUACGAAGAUGAGAGAGAGAGAGAGAGAGAGAGAGAGAGAGAGAGAGAGAGAGAGAGAGAGAGAGAGAGAGAGAGAGAGAGAGAGAGAGAGACUUUAAUUACAUUAUUAAGCCUUGCAUGUAGUUUGCUGUGGCUCUUCCUCACAAACUAAGAUACUGUUACCGCCAAGAGUACAUCUGUCACCUCAAUGGAGUUACAAUAUGCAUGGAAUAUUGCAUAGCCUUACUGGACUGUAGCUAGCAAGUAACUGCAUGUUGCACAGAACUAUAACUAGCGAAGGACGAACUGUAGACUGUAAGUAACUGUAGCUAGUACGAUAUUUUAGUUUCCAUGUAGAUAUAGACUGCACGUGACUGUAUAAUGCCAGUGACUGUAGCUUCGGUGGGGAUAUAGUUGAAUAAAUUGUCAUUUCUUCCUUGCGUUCUUAUAUUCACCAGUGUACGAUUAGAGAGGCUUUCUUAUAACUGUCUAUCCAUUAAGGAAAGUCUGACAGCUUGUAAUACUAUUAAUGAUAACCUCUUCUUUUCACUCUCGCUUGUAAAUACUAGUGUAGGUUUCCUGGUAAAAGAUUUAUGAUAAUAAUAAUGAUAAUAACAAUAAAUAAUAAUAACAAUCGCUAUUUUCCAUAUG